AUGGAGAGCUCCAAAGUCACGGUCGAAUAUCACGACCCAUCAGGAGUAUUUCCUUUGCUAGCUUCGCAGCUCACGUCUCGCUUGCCGCUCCGCAAUCUUCAUUGGAAAUCUCCGUCGCGUCCAUUACGGUCCAUUGAUUCUUUGCAUGUGGAUCUCGUCCCUAGCAGCGAGUCUGCCGAUGUAUCCGCCAACUUAUCGCAGCACGGCCAAGCUACUGAUGAGGGGGGUGUUCAUCGCCCCAACUCUGAGCAUGGACCACCAUCCAGCUCAGAAAUCCUAAGAGGCUCAACGAAGGAGAGGCGUCACCAGAUCCCUGGUCUUCGUCGGACCCCGUAUUUGAAAGUUUACCUUUUGAGAUGUGACGAUUCUGAGACGUACAAGGCUUCCUCUCGGAAGCUGCUCCGGGAAUGGGUGAGAACCCAUACACCACCUUCGCAAAGUAGCUCCUCGGCGAGUACUCCAGAAAACCAUGAUGCGUUUGAAUGGCUCAUCCUGCAUGUUGUUGUGCCCGAUACACCGGCCGCAAGCCAACCUCGUGGAAGUGGGGCUGUUGGUUCUAAUUCAGGGUCCACCGAGAAAUCAGGCAGUACCUCACGGUGGACACGUGGUUCAACUACGAUCUUUGAGAAGAUACGAGCCGACUUCAACCACGCCUCCAAAACUGCUCCAGAUCGUGUCGCCCAGGUGCGACUUCAGAAAGAUGUCGUUCCGCCUCAUAUGCUGCCAUCUGGCGCUGCAGUGGUGGGUUCGCCGUACAGCGAGAGUCCUCAGGAACACAACAACGCUUGGAAUGACGUGAUAGCUAAAUUUAAGACGCUUAUCUUGCUAUCAUUUAAUUUACGCGUCAGCCAGUACGAGGAAGAUAUUCGAGACAAAGAAUCUCAGCGGUCACUUCCUGGAUGGAACUUCUGUACUUUCUUCAUCCUUAAAGAAGGCUUGGCAAGAGGAUUUGAGAGUGUGGGUCUUGUCGAAGAUGCUCUCAUGGGAUAUGACGAGCUCUCCUUCGGGCUUGACUCAAUCAUUCGAGACCAAGCUAAUGAUAGCAAUCAAGACCAAGGCGGCGCAUUUCUUCAAUACACCAAAGAUCUUCAAGACCAUGCCGAAGCCCUUCAAAAGCACCCCGAAAACUCAGAAGAGAAUGGCGGGCGCCUAUCGUUCCGCGAUGUGUUUGGAGAAAAGCCUUUGAAUGCCACCAAGAAGAACUAUCGAGAGUCAAUAUUGUCCAGUAACAUCUCUGUAUUUGACUUUCGGUGUUACAUCUUCUCUCGACAGCUGUCGCUAUUACUAAGGCUAGGAAAUGUACAUUCCGCAAGGAUGGAACUGGCAGCCAAGCUAGCGCGGCCGUCUACCUCCGUUGCUCAGCAUUCUAUAGAUGAUCUAAACGUUGGAACCAAAUCAAGCACGGCCUUAGAAACCUCGGAAGACUUGCUAUCCCUUUCGGAGCUCUGUCUUCGUAGUCUGAGCUUUGUAACCUCCGCUGCUCGGGUUUUACGAGAUGAUCUGAACACGGGAAGUGCUGUCAUGUCGGAGCAAAUCCCGAGCCGCCUUAUCGACAAUUUAGUGUCUUCUUGGACAUUCGCCGUAGCACAACAGAUACUCGAUGAAACUGCUACAUCUUCCUUGCCUGUAUCAAAGUUCCGGGGCGACGCCACGUCAGGCUCCUCCGGGAAAAUGCUAUCAUUUGGAGGCCGUGCCGAGGAAUUAAAAACGAAUGUGCCGGAACCGAAAACGAUGAUUCAUCCGAGUAGGUCAUCCUCACUGUCCCACCGGAGGAUCUCCAAUGCAGACCCUCCCUAUGCUCAUAUUCCGCCCUCUGGGCAAGUUGUGUUCGACCACGGUCGUUUUGAAGAACGACCUCCUCCGAUAAGUCAGCCAAAUGCCGUGCCAAUGAGGUCGGGCGUCCACGAUCUUGCAGGAAAUAGAGCAAGACUAUACGUUGUUCAACGCCGCGUUCUGGAGCACGUCGGUCAAAAUUGCGGCUGGGCCGUUGGAUGGGCAGCAUUUGCAGCUACAAAAUACUCCCAGAAGGAUGAUUUUCGUGACAUUGACCUAGAUGAGACAAAUAACGAGGAAGUCGAGCAAUCACAGCAAGGAGGAGGCGUUGAUGAUAUCUCCUCGCCUACACUCGGUCUUUGCGAAGUUGCUCUUAUGGAUGCUCUGUCCUCGCUUGGAGAUUUUAGAGUAUUCUACGAGAGGCUGAGUGAUCUUGCUGUCAAGCAUUACAUGGCGGCUGGUCAAUCUAACUCCGCUGAAAGUAUCCUCGGAGAUCUCGCGGCGCUCAAGUACGAGCUUGGUGAUUAUGCUGCUGCGGCAAUGUAUUUCAGUCGCAUGGCCCCGCAGUUCGCCGAGACUCGAUGGAACUUCGUCGAGACUACUAUGCUCAAGAUGUAUGCACAGUGUCUUAAGAAGCUCAAUCGAAAGGAUGAAUACACGCGCACCCUUCUAGAUCUUCUAGCCAAAUCAGCAGCUAAGAAGAUGUCGAUCCGAAUAUCCAGGAAGUCUUUUCACUCAAUAGGAAUACCAGAUGAGAACACUCAGAGUACCUUCAGCUGGCUUGAUGACGAUAAGGCAGACACCACUGGAUUGUUCCAUGAGCUAUUGACAUAUUCCGAACAACUGCCUUAUGACAUCACGGUUCCUAUGUCCAAAUACUUUGGAGACAUUGCAAUCGAACCUUAUGUGCGCCAUUACGAUGAUAGAGAUGGCUUUCAGCUCCGAUUGCAAGUUCGUCAUAUUCUUGAGGAUGACAUCUUGAUCGAAAGAGCGAGGAUACACCUCAUCCAUGUGACUCCAGGACAAGGUAAAGAAAUGUGGUUAGACCUCGAAGACACGAUAGUUGUCAAGAAAGGACUAUUUAAGAUUUGGCUUGAUUCAAAUGUCAAUACUUCCGGUUCUUUCAUUGUAGAUAAAAUCGUCAUUCAAGCACAGAAGAUCGUUUUUAUGCACGAACCCAUCGCUAAACCGAAUACCACGACUCCGCUAGGAAUUUCCACGCCUUCAAUGACAGCGCUGAAGAUACCGAAGAAAUCACGUAUACUUUGUUUUCCCCGCGUGGAGUCGUUCCAAGCCAAGGUUGCUUUAUCUCAUUUCAUACAUAUCGACCGAGCUCGAUCGAUAGAGAUUCGAUGCUCUAGUGGCUGGAAUGAUAUCAAGAGUGCUGAGAUCCGAAUACGAAGUGCGUCCGCAGGCUUGAGACUCCGUACUGCAAAUGCCGAAGUCGUCUCAGGAGAGAUUGUCCUAAGCGAUAUAUCGAAGCCCGGGGUCAUCCAUAUUGCAGACAUGUCAACGAACUCAAGCGCUACGAUCCGGAUCCCUUACGAGCUUGAGAAUAUCCUGCCGGAGCUCUCUAUCAGACUUGAGGUUGAUUAUAUCACUGAAAAGGGUCAGUUUCAGAUGGUUGAUUCGUCGGUGAUCCCGAUUGAGUUGCCUCUUGACGUCAACGUUCAUGAUCAUUUCAAAGGAGACGCAUUGUUUUCACGCUUCAACAUCAAGACAGCCGGCAGCACGCCUCUAGAGGUUCUCAAUGUAAAGCUGGAUGGCUCCGAGGUAUUUGACGUUCAGGCUCCGAGGAAAAUUACGACACCUUUAUUCGUAUUUCCUAAACAGCCGGCAUCAGUCACGUACAAAAUUACCACGAAAGGUUUUUCCGGAGCAACUUCCGUCCGAAAUAAUCGGGGGAAGCUUGAAAGUCCAACCCUAGGACUAACGGUUGACUACCGUUGCCUAGAUGAGACUGUCCUCACUCGAGCAGAGGGCAUGUUCGCCACCGCUAUAGAAGGAGGUCCACUUCGUCGCCUCGGUCGGUUACUCGUACCUGCAUUCGUCGAUCGUUUGUCGCACACGAUCCUGCCAGGUCAAUUCGAGAAGAUAGCACUGCUCGGUACAAUCAGCCUUGGUUCGUUCGAGGACUUGGCAUGGUCGGACUAUAUCGACAGCUUACCAAUGGUAAUACGUGAUGACACGAGGAGCUGGCUGAAGAAAUGGCAUGAUACCCAUUCAUCCAUCCCCCUCGACCCCAACCCCGACUCGCCCCACCUCUCCCUUACCUCCCGAACAAUUGUCAUCACUGUAGCCAUCCCCCAAACCCACGUGGUCCACACCACCUCCCUCCACCUUCUCCACCAAGACCAUAACGUGGCCCACUCUGCAAAUGUCUCCGCAGUCGGCAAGCCGCUCAUGGCCGAACUCCGCAUUAAGCACACCCGUCGCUGGGCUGGCAGUCCCGACUCCCUCAAAUCCGCCGCCCGCAUUCUCGAUGCCAGUGACCCUAUCGAGUUCGUUUACGACCUCGAAGCUAACCCGGACGUGUGGCUUGUGGCGGGGCAGCGCCGCGCGCACUUUUCGGCACGGGAAGAGGAGGUAAGAGUGUUUCCGAUUAUGUUACUGCCGUUGAGGGCGGGGAAUCUGUUAUUGCCUGGUGUGGAUGUUAGGCCGAACAUUGCGCAGCAAGGCAAAGAUGGGAAGACGGAUCAAGUGCAGGAGGAGAAUCUGACUUCUGAGACGGACUUUUUGAGCCAUGGGGAGACGGUUUUGGUUAUUCCAGAUUUGCAGAGUACGACAGUGGGACUACAUAGGUUGGGGCCUGGGGCGGGGAGCGUGUUGUUGGAGUCGGAGACAAGGGUGGCCGAAGAAAUGGUAUUGUGA